AUGCCGGAUGACUGGGUAGAGCGGGGCCUCGUCGCUGAAGCAGCAAAACAACGUCAGAUGGAACAGCUAAACUUCCGCCAGGCUAAGCUUGACUUUGAUGGUGUUGAUCCGGAUCUAGGGAUGCAUCUCCUCUCGCUCCACUGGAAUCGACAACAUCAUUCAUUUCUAAUAACAUACCGCCCAGCAUUCAUGAGAGAUAUGGCUUGCAAUGGUCCUUACUUUUCCAAGCUACUUCUAAACGCUAUCUACUUUGGCGCGGCCAAAUUCAGCCCUAGGUUAGAGGUUCGCAAAGACCCAAACGAUGUCCGUACAGCUGGCUGGAGGUAUCGCGAGCGAGUCCGCGAACUUCUAGGUGGUGCACUAGAUCAUAGUGAUAUCACAACAAUUCAAGCACUACUUGUAAUGACAAACUCACUCUUUGCUCUCGGAGAUGAAAGGAGUGCCGCAUGGCUGUACUCUGGUCUGGCGUUCCGCAUGUUGAUUGACAUGGGAAUGCAUGUUGACUUGACCAGUACGCACCGAUUCUCAGACGAGGAUCUAGAAAUUCGACGGCGGGUAUUUUGGGGUGCAUUUGUUGUGGACAAGAUCCAGAGCCUGUAUCAAGGCCGUCCCGUUAGCUUGAAAGACACAGACGCUCUUGUCCCAAUCAAGUUUCUGGACACCUACGAGGAGCUCGAGCAUUGGCAGCCUUUUGCCUAUACGACAUCAGCACCUGACUACCCUGGAAUGCCGGCGUACAGCAUAUCUACCUUCACGUGUCUGUGCAAACUCUCGCUCAUUAUGAGCGAUAUCCUAAGCUGUAUAUAUACGGAACGCAGUUCAAACCAACGUCCCGCUGAGCUGGCAAGUAUGCUGGAUGAACUGCAGCUGAGAUUGGACCAAUGGAAGGCAACGUUGCCAGAACAUCUGCGGUUUGACCCUGGGAAAGCUCGCAGCGUGGCAUUCCCGCCACCUCAUGUGUCCAGCCUUCAUGCUAUGCAUAAUUCACUUGUCAUUCUGUUGCACCGUCCGUUUGUAGCAGACGGCCAUCUGUAUAGCACGUCUCCGUCGAUAUCCGUCGAUUCGUUCAUGAAGUGCGCCUCAGCGGCAUCAAAUACUAGCAAUCUGCUGCGUGCUUAUCACCGUGCAUUCUCUAUCAGACGAGCACCCUACCUGAUAUCGUACGCGACAUAUGUCGCUGCUACGAUUCUGACCCGAAUUGCGGCCAAACGUAGGCAUGACUCGAUAGCACAUGCCAACCUAGCGACCUGCCUCGCCGUCUUCAAGGAGAAUCAAGAGACGAACUCAGCAGUGAAGAAAGCGGCUAAUAUUGUACAAGGGUUGAUGAAAAGGCUUGGCGUAGUUAUUGACAAUAUCUCACUUGACGCUUUAGAAAUAGACCCACCGGUCAAAUCUUCCGAGCGAGAUCCACAGCCCAAUGACCGUGCUACUGAUGGCGAUGUCAGCGUCCAGCCGAGCGCCGGUACCGAAACCCACAAUAGCCUGACUAGUGGCAAUGUGACGGGAUAUUCGAACACCAAAAGUCCCGGUCAGCCGAUACAGUCCCCUGGAUCGGACUGGGUAGAUAUCGAUGGGAUUAUCCAGAGCUUUCUACAUGAGAAUAGCACCCGCGGAGCAAGACUACUUGAUUACGAGGCCAACGGAACCCCCACCCAGCUGUCUAGAGCACCAUGGAUGCCGCUACAUCCAUGCGAUAUUCCUGCAACGGUGACGAUGGACAAUGCGCGGCACGUCGGAAGCCAGGCUUCUCUUCGUCCAGAUAUUGAUGUCACCAAUGGUGCGCAUCGAUCGGAGACAGCCAGCGGAACGUCUCAAUGGCAGUAUGGCUGGAGACCGACAAACUGCGAGCCUACAUCCUUAGAGGAUCCACUUUUUGGCUUGAAUGGUUCCGCUACUGGUUUUGAAAAUGCGGCCAUAUUUAGUCACACUAUAUGCCACGGCUUUGGCCCGAUGAACAAGCUGCCGGUACUUGCCCGAUCUAAUCUCCCCGAUAUGGCUACUGAACUGGUCACCAAGACGCGGCGGCUGAAGCGCCACGCGCUACCAUGUGUUCUCAUGCGCGCGGGUACCUCCAAAGGAAUAUUCCUGCACCAAAAGGAUUUACCGAUGAAGGAGGUUGACUGGGCUCCCCACUUGGUCUCUGCUCUUGGAUCUCGAGGGAACGACCCUCGACAGAUUGAUGGUGUUGGCGGAGGGACAUCAACGACAUCAAAGGUUGCCGUCGUUCGGCGCUCUCAAAGGCCAGACGCCGAUAUCGAUUGGACCUUUGUUCAAGUUGCUGUAGGCAAAGAGUCAGUAGACUUUACCGGUACUUGCGGCAACAUGACUGCGGGUGUGGCACCAUUUGCCAUCCAGGAAGGCCUGAUCAAGCCUCAGCGAGAACAGACCAAGAUGGAUGUAAGAAUCUACAACACAAAUACAGAUCGGAUAGUCAUCGAGACUGUCACACUCGACAGCUCAGGAGACUAUGAGGAGGAUGGCAACUUUAUCAUUUCUGGGGUCAAAACGCCUGGGAGCGAAGUCAAGUGCAGAUUUGUCAAACCCUUUGGCAGUAUGACUGGGAAGCUUUUUCCUUCCGCAGACCAGCAACAGCAGACACUCUGGGUGCAGCCACUCAUGCCCGGCCGUGAGCCCUUCGACGUUCGUGUAACACUUAUUGACUCGGCGAACCCUUUUGUCCUCAUCGAUACGACAUCAAUAUCGGCAACCCUUCUCGGAACAAAUCCAUCCGACUCUGAUCGGAAUGAUCUUGUAGAGUCCAUCCGCCGCGCCGGUGCAGUCGCGAUGGGGCUAGCAACAGACGUCGAAGCCGCCGGUAGGACUCGUGGUACGCCCAAAGCUGCACUCGUUUUUCCCCCAACCAUUACCCAAGCUGGCGGCAGCAUCAAGGCUAGGCCAGAUAUUCGCAUACAAGCCUACUCCAUGGGGCUACCGCAUCCCAGCCUACAGCUCACAGGCGCCGUGACAAUAGCCGUCGCAUUAAGCUACCCUGGUACAAUCGUGGCGGGUCUCUCCGCCAUGGGUUCUAUCAUGCAUGGGACGUUGCCACCGACUCCCGCGCAGUCACCUCCACCUGACUACCAGAAAGAAGAGCAUGCUGGGUUGGCGCGCGAUGUACUAAUUGAACAUAGCCAAGGAACAAUCAAGGUGGAUGUGGAAAUGGCCAAUGGCGGAGAAGUCGCUAGUUGCGCAGUGUCGCGUACUGCACGGAGGUUGUUUGAGGGGAAAGUUCGGUACUAUAUACAGGAGGAUGAGUUGUAG